ACGUUAUCCGCAUCACCCUCUUCGUCCGUCCAAGAGCGCAACCAUCUGUCCAAGGCAAAGCAGCAGCAACUCAACCGCAGCAGCAGACGGGAGGCGCUCUCUCAACACCAUUCGGCGAUGCAGCACAUGAUCAGCGCCUGCAAGGCGCAUCACACGCAAUCGCCGGCCGCGCUCCUGCCGCCGAGGCCAUUGCCCAGACGAGCAGCUGCGUUCCCCCGCCUUCCUGUCCCAGCAGGGUAUGCAUCGUCGCCGCGGUUGGUGGUCAGGAGGAGAUGCCAGGAGGAGGACAAGCAGCAGCAGCAGGAGCAAGAAGUGGCGGAGGGAAGCGACGCCGACGAGCAGCAGAAGAGAACGUUCCUGAGCCUGGAGGAGGCCGGGCUGGUGGAGAUGUCCGGCCUCAGCACGCACGAGCGCUUCCUCUGCCGCCUCACCAUAUCGUCGCUGAAUCUGCUGAGGGUGAUAUCGGAGCAGGAGGGCGUCCCGAUAGAGGAGCUCAACGCCGGGCGCGUCUGCGACUGGUUCAUCAAGGACAAGCUCAAGAGGGAGCAGGGCCUCGGCACCGCCGUUCUGCAGUGGGAUGACCCUGGCCUCUAGCUCUAGCUCCAUCCUAAGCCGGAGGUCGUCUUGCUGCACGGAAGAGGAGGAUGCAAUGCAGGCUACGGUUGAAAAGAGGUUUUUGUGCUGUCAGUGCCCUCUGCUGGAUGCACUUGACUGACCAAGGAGAUGGAUGACAUGUUCGCUUAUUCAGUCUUCACCAUACCUGUAUUCUGUAGUUGCAUUGCAUGAUUGCAUCAUCAUACCUGAAGAUAGCAUUAGACCUGUGUGUCAGGCUAAACUUCCCCAUCAGUGAGUGAUAUGAUCAUAUGAGUAUACGGUUCAGGCCCUUUUUGGGUGAGCAACCAAAGCUACAAUACAAGAACAGUGUUGUACGAGCUUCUGAUAAUCUCUUUCAGUAUUUCAGUUCCAAGAAUGGGCGCA